AUGUUAUCAGACCACCCCACCGUUCCCUUUCCAUCGGAGGAUUUUCAAAAGUCAGACCUGGCCGACCUUGAUGGUCUCCUUGUAAACUCGGAGAAUUUUAAUCAGGUUGGAUCGAAUAUGAUAGUUGAUUUAAUGUUUUAUCGUGUUAUAGACUCCGAUGAUAAUUUUGGCAUCUCCCCAAAGCGUCGUCGACUAACAAAGAGCCCUUCUGAACCAUGUGACUCAGAGACCGCGAAAAAGAACAAUGAGGAAGACGCAAACGGAAGUGACGCAUCCAGCCUUUCUCUUCUUAGCGGCGGUGAAAGUGAAGAAGAAAACCAGGAUGAAACAGGCGAUUUGCCGUCGUCUGAUGAUGGGGUAUUUGACGUAGAGGACGAGACUUCCGUUAGUGACAAUCAAGUUGGUGUAGGGAAUGACUCAUCCGUGCGGAGGCAAGCCAACCACAGACCAAGUGGAGCCAGUGAUUCUGAAAUCGAUGAAGGCAGUGCUAGUUCCAGUUCGGAACAGGAGGUAGUGACCCUGUUUAAUCUCCGAAGGUUCAUCACAUCUCUCGCAGACUACGGACUGGACCCGACAUCUCCCUCUGUUAGCCUACAAUCUGGCUGUCUUAAGCAUCCAUAA